GUGAGCAGUCGCUGGUCGUCGGGGCGGCCGGCCGGCACGGCGGCUCCAGGGCCCAGCAUGCGCGGGGAACCCUGCGGUCACCAUGUACGUGGGCUAUGUGCUGGACAAGGACUCCCCCGUGUACCCAGGCGCCGCCAGGCCUGCCAGCCUCGGCUUGGGCCCUCCGGCCUAUGCGGCCCCCGGCCCGGCGCCCGCACCCCCGCAGUACCCCGACUUCGCGGGUUACACGCACGUGGAGCCGGCGCCCGCGCCCCCUCCGACCUGGCCCGCGCCCUUCCCUGCGCCCAAGGACGACUGGGCAGCUGCCUAUGGCCCGGGCCCCGCGGCCCCCGCCGCCAGCCCGGCCCCGCUGGCCUUUGGGCCCCCUCCGGACUUUAGCCCGGUGCCCGCGCCUCCUGGGCCUGGGCCUGGCCUCCUGGCGCAGUCCCUCGGCGGCCCGGGCGCACCGUCCUCUCCAGGAGCGCAGAGGCGGACGCCCUACGAAUGGAUGAGGCGCAGCGUGGCGAGCGCAGGAGGCAGUGGCAGUGGUAAGACUCGGACCAAGGACAAGUACCGUGUGGUCUACACAGACCACCAGCGCCUGGAACUGGAAAAAGAAUUUCACUACAGCCGGUACAUCACCAUCCGGCGCAAGUCAGAGUUGGCUGCUAACUUGGGGCUCACAGAGCGACAGGUAAAAAUCUGGUUCCAGAACCGUCGAGCCAAGGAACGCAAAGUGAACAAGAAGAAACAGCAGCAGCAACAGCAGCAGCAGCCACUGCCUCCCUCACAGCUGCCCCUGCCCCUGGAUGACAACCCCACACCAUCAGGGCCACCCCUGGGUAGUCUAUGUCCCACCAAUGCUGGCCUUCUGGGCACCCCCUCCCCAGUACCUGUCAAGGAGGAGUUUCUACCUUAAACCCUUCCAGCUUGGGGCCCAGGGAUCUAGGGAUUUGAAGACUGGGCACCUGGCUUUGCUGGAGCUAAGAAGCCUCUUCUGAGUUCCAGCCUUGCUGCUGACCUUUGGGGUCACUGUGGACAGAUUGCCUACUUAGGACAAGUUGCUUGCCAGCUUCUUGCCUCCCUCAGCUGGACUGUGUGAUGAGCCUAUUGGACAAGGACCUCUUCCAGCUGCUGUGU